CUCAGUUGUCAGUCUCGUGCAACUCAUUAUGGAAAAAUCCAAAGAUAUCGAAACACUCCCCAUUGAGGGUACCAUCAGUCAUCAUGACAAGGUCCCUGUCACUCAAGAGCAGGAGCUCACCUUGCGAGAGGUUUUCAAAAAUCACAAGAUCAUCGUAUGGUGGUGCUUCUACUGGGCCAUGUGUGCUGUCGGAUGGGGCUUCGAUGCACAGAUCAACGGCGCCAUGAUCGCUGUCGACUCCUUCCGUCGCGAUUUUGGUUACCUCACCUCCGAAGGUGAGGCCAUCCUACCCGCCGAAUGGCAAGCCGCUUUCAACAUUAUCGCCUCGGUCGGUCAGAUAUUUGGUGGCUUCCUCUGCAGUUGGGCCGCCGAUCGGAUCGGUCGUCGCUAUUCUCUCAUCUGCGGUCUGGUAAUCUGCUCCGGUGGAAUCGCAGGAGAGAUUGCUUCCAACACUCGACCAGCCUUCCUUGUCUCCAAGCUCGUCCUAGGCUUCGGUCUCGGCUUCUACCUUACACUAGCCCCUUUGGCAUGCAGCGAGAUUGCACCCGUCGCCUUGAGAGGUAUUGCAACGGCCGGAGUAAACCUCGGCAUUGCCAUUGGUCAGCUGCUUUCAAACGCUGUAGUCAAGGCUUUUGGAGAGAGACCUGAUGCAUGGGCAUAUAAAGGGGGCUUUGCCACACAGCUAUUCUUUGUCUUGUUCUUGGUCGUCUUUCUCCCUUUCCUGCCCGAGUCGCCUUGGUACCUUGUCCGAACUGGGAAAAAGGAACAAGCCAUCAAGACUAUCAAGAAACUCUAUGGAAAAGAUUACGACGCUGAGAGACAAAUAAUCGCCAUGGAGGCUACCAUCGCCGAAGAAACUGCCACCAUUAGUGAACAACGUUUGAUCGACUGCUUCCGCGGCACCAACCUCCUACGGACGGGCAUUUCUACCGGCGUUUUCCUCUGCCAACACCUCGUCGGCAUCAUUUUCGUCCUUGGAUACUCAACCUACUUCUUCAAAUUGGUUGGCGUCCAGCAAUCCUUCGAUCUGGGCGUCGGUGUCACAGCUUGUGGUGUCUUGGGUAACAUCUGCUCUUGGUUCGUUGUCGAGCGCUUCGGUCGCCGUCUCAUCUUUGUCGGUGGAAUGGCCGCUCUGACCGGCCUGCUCUUCCUCAUUGGAAUCAUGGACGUGGUCCCGACCGCUGCGGCAGGCUGGGUCAUGGCCUCUUCUACGGUCGUUUACGCGUUUGUUUAUUUCAUGACCAUUGGCGCCAUGGCAUUUGCCAUCUUGGGAGAAGCUUCCAGCACCAGUCUCCGAGCCAAGACCAUCUCUCUGGCCACAGCCACUCAGGCCAUCUGUGGUAUUGUGUUUAAUUUUGCUAUCCCCUACAUGGUCAAUCCGGAUGAGGGUAACAUGGGAGGCAAGGUUGGUUUCGUUUUUGGUGGUCUAGCUUUGAUGGGUACGGUUGGAAGUUGGGUAUGGGUUCCAGAGCUCAAGGGCAAAACUUUUGAUGAGAUUGAUAGGUUGUUUGCAGCCAAGGUUCCGCCUAGGAAGAUGGGCAAGUCAUUGUAGGUAUGUUGGCGAUGGGUGAUGCGACUGUCAAAUAGUACAAAUGCACGA